GCAGGCGGCGGGCUCGGUCUGUGCGCGGAGCAGGCGAGCGAGCGGGAAGACGCAGCCACCUUCCUCAUCAGCCUGCCCACAGCGGUUUGUUCCUUUUCUCGGGAGUGCGCCAAUGCCUGGGCCGACCCAAACCCUGUCCCCAAAUGGCGAGAACAACAACGACAUCAUCCAGGAUAAUAACGGGACCAUCAUUCCUUUCCGGAAGCACACAGUGCGCGGAGAGCGUUCCUACAGGGGCGGCCUAUUGCCAGUUCAUGGACAUGCUCUUUCCAGGCUGCAUUAGUUUGAAGAAAGUAAAAUUUCAAGCAAAGUUGGAGCACGAGUAUAUCCACAAUUUUAAACUUUUGCAAGCAUCAUUUAAGCGAAUGAACGUCGAUAAGGUAAUUCCAGUGGAGAAGCUAGUGAAAGGACGUUUCCAAGACAACCUGGAUUUUAUUCAGUGGUUUAAGAAAUUCUAUGAUGCUAACUAUGACGGGAAGGAGUAUGAUCCCGUGGAGGCACGACAAGGGCAAGAUGCAAUUCCUCCCCCAGACCCUGGUGAACAGAUCUUCAACCUGCCGAAAAAGUCUCACCAUGCAAACUCCCCCACAGCAGGCGCGGCUAAAUCCAGUCCAGCAUCUAAACCAGGAUCCACACCUUCUCGUCCCUCCUCAGCCAAAAGGGCUUCAUCCAGCAGCUCAGCAUCCAAGUCUGAUAAAGAUUUAGAAACGCAGGUCAUACAGCUUAAUGAACAGGUACAUUCAUUAAAACUUGCCCUCGAGGGCGUGGAAAAGGAAAGGGAUUUCUACUUUGGGAAGUUGAGAGAGAUCGAGCUACUCUGCCAAGAACACGGGCAGGAAAAUGAUGACCUCGUGCAGCGAGUAAUGGAAGUGCUCUAUGCUUCAGAUGAACACGAGGGCCACACAGAAGAGCCGGAAGCAGAGGAGCAGGUCCACGAGCAGCAGCUCCAGCAGCAAGAAGAGUACUGACCUGUCCUGGCAGCUCUUGACACUUCUUUUGUGCAUGGGAACUUUUCUUCUGGAGAAUUGGAACAUGUGUGGCCUCAAGCUCAACAGAAACCAGUUGUUCCCAAUCUGCCGUUACUAUCAGCGCACUGUGCAUACGCCAGCCACUGCACUCGGUUCCCAUUUCCUUUGCCAAGAUGUGUUAGCAGGCGGCCGUUCUGGCCACCUACCCAAGAGAUCGUAGGGUCACAUCCAUUCAACUUCCCACUUGGCUGCUUGAGAUUGGUUCUGCUCUUUCCUUCAUUUCUUUCCAGAACAACUCUCCCCAACCCCAACACCACUACCACCACCCCCCUUUUUUUCCUGGUGUGAAACAAUGGUAAUUUGAUCUAUGGUAUUUAUAUUGGCAUUUCUCAACCCAGUGUCACUAGUUGUCACACGCAUUUGUGGUGCUUUGAUGUUUGCGAGUCUAACCUCUGAACGUAAAAUUGGUCAAAUAAUUAAUUGGAAAAAGGGAAACAGAUACUUGAUAUGAAAGCCAUAACGACAGUGACUUGUGUCAUGGGGAAAAACAUAGGGUCAGUUUUUCCCUCUACUCACAACACUAAAGGGAAAAAAUAAUGGAUUCAAAGUUAGGAGUUCAGGGCCCAGUGAAGUUCAUACAUCAGCAUGUUAGACAACCACACAGUAUGUUGUUAGCUUUGAAAGACAUUCACUUAAGGACAACACCAUCUCAGAUUUGUCCCCUCACCCUGUGCCCCUGCCUCCCCCUGCCCCGGGUUCUCAUGCUGUUUUCUUUCUCAGGGUCCUCUUUGGUGGGCAGCCACUCUCCCCAAGAUGUUGUCAUCAGUCAUCUGCAGUCCAAAGGGGGUCUGGAUAGGUAUAGAUCUUCCUGCCUUGUCCCUCUUCCUCAUGUGGGUUUCAGCCCCAAAACUGUCAUUCACAUUAGGGGACUCCUACUGAAGGAUAGCUCCAGGGUGUGCAGCUCCGAGCUCCAGGGUUCUGUGUCAUGCUCACGCUUGCUAGGAGGCUGGAAGUAAAGACCUUAUUAAUAGGAGCAUAAUUCCAAGGGAGAACCAUAGUCCUGCAGUCCGGUGUUGACACUGAAAUCACACAACAGAAAAACCUGUGACUCCCAAUAUCUUCCGGAAUAAGGAAUUUCCCCCCUUUAACACAAGGGCCCUCCUUGUCAUUGACCUUUUGCUAAACCAUGGCAAUUCAUAAAUAGAGGAAACAUUAAUGAAUUAAAGGCAUUCCUUAUUUUUUUAACUAAUAUUUGCACAUUUUCUUAGUCUCUUUCCAAAUCUUUGCCUUUUUUUUUUUUUCCUUCAACAGAUGGUUUCCCUUCCUGGAUCAUUCAUUUCAGUUGGUUUCUGACUUUAGAUUUACUUUCACUUGUUAUUUGACUUAGCAGGUGCAACAAAAACAAAAAACAAAUGUGCCCACCCCACUUUCCGCUUAACUGAAAAGCUUAAAAUAAAUUUCUGAAUUAUGUAUC